UUUAAAAAUUUUUUUUUUUAAAAAACCAUCUGUGAUCAAAUUUUGAAUUAUUAAUAACACAUCAUCAUAAAGUAAUUUUUAUUAAUGUUUUUCACGAAACUUGAAACUAAAUACAUUUAUUAUGGAAAAUAAAGAAUCUAAUAAAUUUCAGGUUCCAGAAAUAACAUUCGGGGCAGGAGUCUUUAGUGGUCGGUAUAAUCAUAUUGAAAAGGACUGGCCGUUGCUAUCCGUUCGAAGAGCUUUCGAGUUAGGUAUUAAUGCAUUUGAUACUAGCCCAUAUUACGGGGAUAGCGAGAAAAUCCUUGGUUCUGCCUUUCAUGCUUUACAGGAAGAAUUCCCUCGUUCAAGUUAUUACAUAUUCACAAAAGUAGGUCGGUAUGGACCGAAAAAUUUUGACUACACUGCUAAGCGAAUUCAAGAAAGUGUUAAAGAAAGCUGCAGGCGAUUAUGCACAGAUUAUUUAAAUGUUGUAUACGCGCAUGACGUAGAAUUUGUUAAUUUCGAAGAUGUUGUUGAAGAAGGAGGGGCUUUGCCCGAACUAUUCAAGUUAAAAGAACAAGGAAAAAUAAGAUAUGUAGGAAUAAGCGGAUAUCCUCUAGAUGUGCUUCUGAAAAUAGCACGAUUUCAAUAUGAACGCGAUCAACCGAUUGAUGCCAUUCUUUCUUAUUCUCAUUAUUGUCUUCAUAACAUUAAAUUAGUCGACUAUAUUCAAGAAUUUAAGUAUGUUGGAGUUCAAUAUAUAAUGAACGCAUCUCCACUUAGCAUGGGACUUCUGCGUAAUAGUGAGCCACCGGAAUGGCACCCAGCUUCAACUGGUUUGCGUCAUGCUGUUACGCAAAGUGCUGUGCUUGCAGCCAGAAAUAAUUUGAAUAUCUCGAAGUUGGCACUUCAAUUCGCUUUAGAUUAUGAUGAUAUUACCAGUACUGUAAUUGGUUUAUCAAAUCCAAGUGAAGUUGAUGAGGCUAUUGCAAUUCUUAAAGAAUUGCAUGCAAGAAAAAAGGGAAAGAAAACAAUUCCGGAAAUUGAAAAAAAAAUCUUAAACGAAAUCCAUCAAAUUCUUGAGCCUCAUUUUAAUCGUAGUUGGGAUUCUCCUCCAAAAGAUCAUUGAAUUAUUUAAAUGAUUUAUCUAGUGAUUUUUAAUAAUAAAUUUCAAUAAAAUUUUUCAUUUCUUUCGAGUCA